GCGCCGACAAUGCUGACGCUGGUGUCCCUGUGUCUGCUUUUGGCCGCCGGCCUGUUGCUGGUGGCCGCGGCAAUGGCCAACCACCUGGCGCGCAAACGCAAGGGGGUGGCCAAGGGGCUGCCGGGGCCUGGCGCGUGGCCCGUGCUGGGCAGUCUGCACCUGCUCGGCGGCCACGAGACCCCUUUCCACGCGUUCACCGCGCUCGCCAAGCGCUACGGCCAAAUCUACCAGAUGCGCCUGGGCGCGUCGCGCUGCGUCGUCGUCAACUCGUUCGCGCUCAUCAAAGAGGUCCUCAUCACCAAGGGCGCCCACUUCGGCGGCCGGCCCGACUUCAUCCGCUUCCACCAACUCUUCGGCGGCGACAGGGACAAUUCUCUGGCUCUGUGUGACUGGUCUGACCUGCAGAAGACGCGGCGCCGCAUUGCCCGCUUUUACUGUUCUCCGAGGUUCGCGUCUCCGCAGUUCAGCCAACUUUCUGCCGUGGCGGGCUCGGAAACGGCGCGACUGCUGCAGCGGAUCCGCGCGCACGGCCCCGGCGCGUUGCACGUCAAACCCCUCAUUCAGGCCACGUGCGCCAAUAUGUUCGCCAACUACAUGUGCUCGAUGAGUUUCGACUACGACGACGCCGGUUUCCAGCAAGUCGUGCAAAACUUUGACGAAAUCUUCUGGGACAUCAACCAAGGCUACGCCGUCGACUUCUUGCCCUGGCUGCUGCCCGUCUAUCAGGGUCACAUGAAGCAACUGCAGCAGUGGGCACACAACAUCCGCCAGUUCAUCCUGACCAGGGUGGUCGCCGCGCACAGGGAGCGCAUGCAACAGGGUGGCCCCGCCUCCGAUUUCACCGACGCCCUUCUGCAGCACCUCGAAAGUGACCCUGAGUUGACCUGGCAGCACGCCAUAUUUGAGCUGGAGGACUUCCUCGGAGGUCACUCGGCGGUCGGCAACCUCAUCAUGCUCACCCUUGCUGCCGUCGUCAAAUACCCCGAGGUAGGCGCAAAAAUCCAGGCUGAAAUAAAAAAAGUUGCUGGCGAUGGCAGGCCCAUCAAUUUGUUCGACCGCAGCGUGAUGCCCUACACAGAAGCGACUAUUCUCGAGACUCUUCGCGUGACCUCGUCACCCAUUGUUCCCCACGUUGCCACCGAAGACAGCUCAAUCAGCGGAUAUGAAAUUCCCAAAGGAACGGUCGUUUUCCUCAACAAUUACGAGCUCAACACUGGCGAAGAGUACUGGAAAGAGCCGGAAACAUUCAAGCCGGAAAGAUUUGUUGUGGAAGAUCAGGUCGUCAAGCCUUCCCACUUUAUUCCCUUCAGCACAGGAAAGAGAACAUGCAUCGGCUCCAAACUCGUUCAAAGUUUCACAUUCGCAGUGGUGACGUCGAUUUUGCAGAAUUUCGACAUUUCCGCCGGCCAAGGAAAAAUAGAAUUGCCAAAAGCGUGCGUCGCUUUGCCACCGAAAACGUUUUCUCUGGUUUUUACCGCACGGCAAACCAUCGCACAAUGAAUUUUGCUUCUGCGGCGAAAAUUGGAGUAAGUGUACAAAAACAAAACACCUCCUCCUCCUCUCUCACAAAAUCUGCAUUUUUUAUAUAAGAAUUAUUUUUGCUGGUAUUUUUUUACGGGAGAGAGGAAUUGGUUUUUUAAUUUAUAAAGCGGCUACAAGACUUCCUUCGUAUAUGAUAAGUUGUUGAUUUUUA